UAUCGAUUUAAAAUGGUUUUAAUUUUAUUAUGAAUAAUGUGCGUGUAACAGUGAUACGAUAUCGGGGCUUAAGAAAGCAUUAAAUUGUUAAUCAUAAUGGCAAGAAAAUUGAGAUUACGAAAUAGCAAUUAUUCAACCACCAAUCACGUUGAUAGUGAAAAUUCUUCCAGUAGCGAUUCAACGUUGGAAGAUAGCACAGAUAAUUUUUAUCCACCACAGCUAGGAGCGUUUUAUGCACACCCCUUCGGUAUGCAACAUACUUUAAAUUCACCUCACUUUGAUUCAGAUGGAACAGAAUUUUAUUCAAAUCAGACUCAUCAAGUGGAUCAAAUGGCAUUGGAAUUAGAAACAGACGAAGACAAACUUGAAACAAAUAACAGUUUGUAUUCAACCAAACAAAACUUAAAUUCACAUGAAAAUUUUCAAGAAAGAUUUGGUGGCUUCAACUAUGCAACACCAAGCAGUCAAGCGAUCUCUACACAUACAUUUAUAAACCAAGGUUUUAACUCAAGUCUGCAAAAUUUCUUGUCGAAUCAGCAAGAAUCUAACUCCAAUCAAAAAUUUGACUUCAACCAGCAAAAAUUCAGCUUGACUCAAGAAAUAUCUACCUCGAAUCAGCAAGGAUCCAUUUUGUACCAGCAAAAACUAGAAGAUGGGAUAGAAAUAGAAACAGAUGAACACAAACUUGUAAUAAAAAACAAUUUUUAUGAAAAUCCCAAUGUGAUGCAACAGAAUUUAAAUUCCGUUCACUUUAAUAUAGGGGAAAUAAAUGGAGAACUCUUGGAAGUAAUGUCCCAGAAAGAUGUAGAUGACCCAGAAAUAGAUAUCGAUAAAAUUUUUGAAGAAGAAAAUAUCACAUCGAGUGAAAACCGUUUUCGGAGAAAGUUGAUUCUUAAAAUGUUAAAAACUCUCAAGGAAAUGGAUAUUAAAUCUAAUAAAACAAUUUCAAAAGAAAACAAUUUAAUUCCGCAAUCAUCUUCAUCAUCAACCGAAGUUGUGGACGCUUCAAUUAAUGCAAAUAAUAUAUCAAUGUGCACUUCAACUACAGGUGCAAUCCCAAAACAAACGAAAUCUGUGGAAAAACGUUGUCAUAAAAAAUCCAAAAACGAACAAACAUCGCACGAUGCUUCAGAAACAAAUUUAGGUUAUUGCACUCCAUUGAUUGAUACGAUUAAUAAAGCCUUUGAAACGCUUAUGAUGCUUGAAGCAUCUCCAAAUCAGCAAGCAGUGGUGGUUCAGAAGAAACCAAAGAGACCUAAAGAUUUAAAAAAAAAUAAAUCAAGCAAUAAAUCAAAUAAAGAUGCAGAUGGGGAAUCGAGCGAAGUGAAGCAAUCUGGAUGUUUGGGUCCUCUACGUGUAACAGUACCAAAAACCACUUACAUCCAAUUAAGAAAAAGAUUGGACAAAGAACCGCUUUAUCAGGUCACUUUUGGACAUGUUAUGAUUAAUAUUUAUUAUGAUGAGGAACUUGGUAAAAUCAAACAAUACUACAAACAGUAUUUAAACAGAAUAUUACCAAAAGAAAUUGAUGUUUCUAAGGAUGAAAUUGAAAAAUCUAAUAAUCCGAGAAGAUGA